CUAACCAAAUUCAAAGAUGAUGAACCCCAUUAAUCCUAGAAAUUAAUUAUAAGGGAACUUUGUGUGUAUAUAUAUAGAUGACUUCCUGGUUAACAUUUACAUCAAUCCAAAUUAAUCUUACUCUUUGCAGAUUUUCUCAGCUAAUUAAAGUUUCCUAGUUUUCUCUCUACUUAAUUAACUACUCAUCAUUAAUGGCUUUCACAACUCUUUCCUACACCAAAAUUAUGAUGAUCAUGAUGAUACUUAUUUUGAUCAUGCUAGAAAAUACUUACGUUAAAACACAAAGGAUUGUACCUGCAGUCUUCGUAUUCGGAGACUCGAUUGUAGAUGUUGGUAACAACAACAAUUUACCGACUCUCAUAAAAUCAAAUUUCCCACCGUACGGAAGGGAUUUUGCAAAUCACAACUCAACUGGCCGAUUUUCUAAUGGAAAAUUGGCCAUUGAUUAUUUAGUUGAUGCUCUCAACUUCGAGUCCUAUCCACAAGCUUAUCUAAGCACACAUGGAAGUAGCAAUGAACUUUUAUUUGGAGCAAAUUUUGCUUCAGCUGCUUCGGGAUAUGAUGAUUCUACCGCUAAUUUAUACUUUAGCAUAUCAUUAUCGAAGCAGCUACAAUAUUUUGGAGAAUAUCAAUCGAGAAUUGUUGGAAUGGUAGGGCAAGCAAAUGCUUCGUCCAUAUUUUCAAGUGGACUUUAUAUAGUGAGUGCAGGGACUAGUGACCUAAUUCAAAAUUAUUAUAUUAGUCCCAUUCUUCGAGCUACCUAUCCAAAUAUUCACAACUAUUUCAACACUCUUCUCAGAAAUUAUGAGCAAUUUAUUGAGAAUUUGCAUUCAAUGGGAGCAAGAAGAAUUGGAGUGGCUUCAUUGGGACCUCUAGGGUGUUUGCCUGGAGCCAUAACAUUAUUUGGAGUUGGAAAUAAUAAUCAAUGUGUGGAUAGACUCAAUUAUGAUGCUAUCUAUUUUAACAGAAGAUUAAAUUCCACCUCACAAUUGUUAAGGAACAGGUUACCUGACCUGAAUUUGCUUGUGUUGGAUAUAUACCAACCCUUGUACAACCUUAUCAACAAUCCUAUCGAAAAUGGGUUUUAUGAGACGAGAAAGGGUUGUUGUGGAUUAGGGAUAGUAGAAACAUCAAUACUGUGUAAUUCAUUAUCAAUUGGAACAUGUUCGAAUGCAUCAGAUCAUAUUUUUUGGGAUGCUUUUCAUCCAUCUCAGGCAGCCAAUCAUUUACUUUCUACUUAUAUGAUUGGUGCUGGUUACUCCCUUGUCACCUAAUUGUAUUUAUUAAUAUGUUCAUUUAUUAUGUAA